AUGCGCCUUACUCUAGGGAAAGGUGCGACGGCCAUUUACAGGGCCAGGGCCGGAGCCAGUGCCUAUAGACGGCAUGGCGUGAGAAACGUACAGGUCAAGGCGGCGCCAUUGGGAGAACCGACCGUUGUCAAUGGAGUGAAUCUGCCCAUGUCAAGCACGCCUAGCAGUGCUUCUUCGGCUGAUGCCAAAUUCCACGUUGUUGGCACCCCAUAUUCCAUGCUUUCGGUCUCUUUAUCCGCAUCGCAAAACCUGUAUACCCGACGAGGCACAUUGGUAGGAUUGAGCGGAAAGGCAGAUAACGUGAUAUCGACCUUGAGUGUCCUCGAGCCCUUUCGUCGGGCAGUCGUCGGAAUUCCAUUCCUGUAUCAAAAAGUCUCAUCUCCUAGUCCGAUCAAAGCAUUGGUAUCGGUCCAAUCGCCCGUGACAUCUUUUGCUGUGGUACACUUGGAUGGAACAGUGGAUUGGAUGGUGGCUCAGAGACGAGCGUUGCUUGCAUGGACCGGACACUCUUUGAACAUCAAGCCCAGGAUCAACACGAAUUUGAGCGUGACAAACUGGGGCAGCUCCGAGGUUACGGGACGAGGUCUUAUGGCUCUCGUUGGUAGAGGCCAGGUGUACUCGAUUGAAUUGAAGGCUGGCGAACAAUACAUUGCUCACCCCAGCAAUAUUGUCGCAUACACGUUAUCAUCCACGCCCCCUCAACCAUACCGUUUCAAGUCGACCACAUUACGCUUCCAGAUCCCAGGUCUGAACAUUCCUGAACUUCUACUCAAGUCACGAUAUAUCCGCGAUUUUACAGCUUCUGAUACCUGGAAGUUUUCCAUGCGGAUAAUCCAUAAUUUUCGCACGUGGGCGCGAAGGACGAUUUGGGGUGAUAGACUCUUCCUCCAAUUCGAUGGCCCCGCAACCCUCCUGGUACAAUCUCGCGGAGCACGAGUACGAGAUAUCAUGAGCGACAGGGAGGUCAACGAAAUAGCUGACMCCCCCGCCGGCGCCACAUACAACGCCCUCAAUAAGCUCACAGGCGCCACAGACCAAAGCGACUAUCGGCGCGCCGCCGCAGAAGCCGUAUCAGAAGCUCCCGUACCGUCUAGAACUGUUGAGGAACUGACGCAAGAACUCAAGGGUGUCAGUCAGACCAUCGCGACUAUUCGAGAUGGUAGAGUUGAGUUUGAGCAGUUCAGGCAGCAGAACACAGACAAUACUAGGAAGUAA